UGGAAGGAAUGUCGGGAAUAAACCUCCAAAUACCGCAGAGCUGCAAACAAAGAUAAGCCAGCUGACUGUGACCUCAUUGUGGACAAUUUAUGGAAGGGGUGUGAGGAGAGGGCUAGCUGUUGAUGACUAGCUAUAAAGAAUCGGUGGACGACGGGUGACGGAUCACGGCAGAGUCUGGGAAACAAAAAGAGGCAGUCAAGGAAGGGAGGAGUAAAUGAGAGAGAGGGAGCGGGCAGGAGAUAAAGCUGCAGCCAGGACCAUGAGCUGCACCCUUGUGACUGCAUCUUAUGAUUCGCUGCCUGCUCAGCUGAGUCCACAUCGUCUAAAAGAUCCACACUUUGCUCGAAGGCUAUCAUCUCCACAUGGUUUGGGAGCCUGCAAUUCGUCAUCGGUGCCACGGCGUCCCUCAGCUCUGCCUGGAUAUCCACGUUCUUCCUUCCAGGAUCCAAUCAACCUUCACAAUCAUCACCUACAGCAGCGCCUCUCCCUGUCACAAAGUUCCAAAGCCUCGCUGGCGCCCCCUGUGCCUCAGGCAAACCGUGGCCCACCAUGCUGCCAAGCGGUGGGCAUUGUGCCACUGUUACGCCUGGCACUACUUAUCUUCAGCUGCCUGUUCUGGGCAGCCGGGUUGGGGAUCUUCACCCUAGGAGUCUGGGCACAAGUGUCCCUGGCUAACUACAUGCUGCUUUCGUCUAACCACUACCCCAACACUCCUCUGAUACUUCUAGCUACAGGGGCUGCAAUUACCUCCUGGGGUUUCCUGGGAUGCUUGGGUGUGGCAGCCAACUUGCCCUGCCUUCUUCGCACCUUCGGCUUCUUCCAGCUGGCCGUGCUGUUGGGGGGAUUCGCCGCUGGACUUUCAGGACUCUUUUACAGGGAAGAUAUUGCUGGUGGUUUUCGCAGUGGGCUACAAAUGGCAGUGGAGGGGUAUGGAGAAGACGAAGGACGUGCUGAUGCACUGGACAGCCUUCAGAGGGCGCUGAAAUGCUGUGGGGCAGAGGGCUGGCAGGACUGGCUCCUGUCUGACUGGGCUUUACAGGAUGCUGUUUCACUGACAAGUAUCUCAGGCAAUGACACGUAUUAUGUUUCUGUACCAGACAGUUGCUGCAUACGGCGCAAAGGCUGUCACAACAGGCCGCUGCCAGAUGGACGAACUGGUAAUAUGGAAGGUGUGGGGAUUCACCCACAUGGUUGUUUCAAGAAAGUCUUUAGCCAUGUCAAUGAUAAUGUCUUUCAUAUUGCUGCUUCUGUUCUAGCUCUUGCUUUUACCCAGGUAGCAGGUAUUAUUCUAUCAUGCCUGCUCGCCAACCGCUUACCUUCUCAGCCUCAUAGACGCAUUCGUUAGAUGGACUUGGAUUCAUUUUAAUCCUAGAGCAAAAUGGACUUUUAAUUUUCAUGAUACCAAAAACAGUGUGGUUCAACAACUAAACCAUCCCCAGGGUCGUCCAAACAGUAACAUGUCGUGUACUAUAACUAAAACUGGCAAAGUAUUUUCCACUUUCUUUGGAGAUGAUAGGAAUUGAAAAAUAUUUUGAAAUAAUACUGACGUCCCAAAUGUCUUUAUACACUAUGUGUGUGAGUUAGAAGUAGGCAUUUCAGCUCCACGAUUAUAUCUGUAUAGGAAGUGUACCAGGUGUAAAGAAAACCAUUCGGGAUUUGCCAUCACAGAUGUAAAAUAGAGAUAAAUUAAUAAAAUUGAUAAAAACAACAUUAGAGUGGGUGUUGCAAUGGUUUUUAAUUUAAUUAAAAGAUUUUUUUAAUUUUAUUUAAAAGUAUAGUUUAAGAAAAAGAUGUAAGAGUUUAAUCACAAGCUUAAUUUGUUAAUAGUAGUAUUUAAUAGUCAAUAUACUAUUUUUUACUUCUACUCUUUAUAUCUUGGCGUAGGUUGCAUCACAUCUGGACAAAACAGGCAAUGAAUUUCAGCACGGUUAUUUAAGUACAGUAAAGAAUGGCACAUGGCAGUGGAAAUCGCAAUAGUUUGAAGAAAUUGAAGGCAGUUUGGUGAGCUCAGGCAUUCUGCCCCAUCUGUUAGAAAGGCACUAUAUAAUUUUAACUUAAACCAUAGUAAAAGUAAAUGGUGUGGAAAAUGAUCCCAUGCCUGGUGUAAAGAUACAAGGUGCUUUCAGCAUUUGCACUAACAGUGUGUCCUGAAACCCUCUCUGAAAACUACUGUAAACUAUAAUGCAUUAGAUUUUUGUUAUACAAACUGUUUUAUAUUUUGAGAAGAAUUAUGUAGCCUACUAUAUGAACAUGUCUAAUUUACAAGUUAAACCAUGCCAUAUUAUGAAUUCUUUGUGGAGUAAUAUAAGUGGGAAAUAUACUGUGUAUUGUAUAUAAAAGCUGUUUAUUGUUUAAAAAAAACAAUAUGGUAACUAUUUAUAAAAAAAAAACCCUGAAAGUAGGUAUACACAUUUUAAAAUAUGUAUAUUCAUUUAUUAUUGACUAAAGAUUACCAACACAAUAUACUCUGCUUUGACUUGUUUUAGAUCUUAAAAGAUCAUCUAUAGCUGUAAAUGUCUUUGCUUUUUAUAUAUAUAUGCGCUUUAGUGCUUGUCUUAUACUUAUUAAUGAUACUAGUGAUGCCAAUAAUUCUUCUUAGCUGUGUUAAAGUGAAUUCAUUUCUAAUGAUCUGGAGAUCUGUUACUUUGGAUGUUUAGCAGGCAGUUCAAAUUAUUGGAGAGAUGGACUGUUUCAUAUAUUAUGACUAUAUUAUACUGUAUAUUGUGUUUGUUAAUAAAUGAGCAACUGUGA